AGUAAAACAGGCAAAUAAGCUUUCUCCUUCCCCCACCUAUCCCCUUUUUUGUUAUCAGCUCGAAGGCUUCUUUGCUCAUGUAAUGCACUCGCUCACCCAAGAAAUCAGAUCCUUCUCCAGGACUAAUUUAAGGAAACAAUGUACCAGGGUCACCACUUUAUCAGGGAAGAGGAUUAUAGAGACGUGGAAGGAUGCCCGGAUGCAGGUGCUAGAAGCAGCUGAACUGAACGACGGCGAUGCCUGUGGUUACGUGCAGGACCUCAGCUUGGAUCUGCAAGUGGGUGUCGUGAAACCCUGGCUCUUGCUGGGAUCACAGGAUGCUGCCCAUGACCUGGAAACCAUGAAAAAAUACAGGGUGACCCACGUUCUAAAUGUUGCCUACGGAGUUGAAAACGCUUUUCCUGACGACUUCACAUACAAGACCAUUCCUAUCCUUGAUCUGCCCGAGACUGACAUCUUGUCUUAUUUUCCUGAAUGCUUUGAAUUUAUUGAGCAAAUCAAGUUAAAGGACGGCGUGGUGCUCGUUCACUGUAACGCAGGAGUCUCUCGCGCUGCGGCCAUCGUCAUCGGCUUCCUCAUGCAUUCGGAAGGACUCAGUUUUUCUCAGGCUUUUUCUGUGGUGAAAAACGCCAGACCCGCCAUUUGUCCAAAUUCUGGUUUCAUGGAGCAACUUCACAAAUACCAACAGUGCAAUAAUAAAGCAAACGGAACCUUACAUGAUAUCUGA